AUUUUCUUUCUUAUCUCUAUGAAAAUUGUGUUAUUGUAAGAAAUUGAGAUAAAAGAAAACACUGUAUCGGCAUAAACCACUGCUGAAAAAUUGGUGUUUUGGUGCAUGCAUGGGACUGUAGAAGAUUAACUAACCAAGAAUGGCGGAUACGUAUUGUCCGGAGUGCAUGCGGCCGACGGAGGUGGUUUUCGAUCACUCGGCGGGGGACACGGUGUGCUCCGAGUGUGGGCUUGUGUUGGAAGCCCACUCCAUCGACGAGACAUCUGAGUGGCGGACUUUUGCGAACGAAACGGGGGAAAACGACCCGGUUCGGGUGGGCGGGCCGGCGAACCCGUUACUGGCUGACGGUGGGUUGUCCACCGUGAUUUCGAAGCCAAAUGGGUUGUCGGCGGACUAUUUGACUUCGUCUUUGGGCAGGUGGCAGAACCGGGGGUCUAACCCGGAUAGGUCAAUCAUCCAAGCAUUCAAGACCAUCGCUACCAUGGCGGAUAGGUUGGGCCUUGUUGCAACCAUAAAGGAUCGGGCAAAUGAGAUAUACAAAAAGGUCGAAGAUCAGAAACCUCUUAGAGGGCGAAAUCAAGAUGCUAUUUUGGCUGCUUGCCUCUACAUUGCUUGCCGGCAAGAGGACAAGCCACGCACAGUGAAAGAAAUUUGUUCUGUUGCCAAUGGGACAACCAAGAAGGAGAUUGGCAGAGCAAAAGAGUUCAUUGUGAAACAGCUGGAGUUGGAAAUGGGCCAGUCAGUGGAGAUGGGAACAAUUCAUGCAGGGGACUUUUUGAGACGAUUUUGUUCACAUCUGAGUAUGGCUAAUCAAGCAGUAAAAGCUGCUCAAGAAGCAGUCCAAAAAUCAGAAGAGCUGGAUAUAAGGAGAAGCCCUAUAUCCAUAGCUGCGGCUAUAAUUUACAUAAUAACGCAGCUGUCAGACGACAAGAAACUUCUCAAGGAUAUUUGCCUUGCCACCGGAGUAGCUGAAGGUACGAUUCGCAAUUCAUACAAGGACCUCUAUCCAUUUGCAUCUAAGAUAGUACCCAGCUGGUAUGCAAAGGAAGACGACAUCAGACAUCUCAGUAGCCCAUGAGCUUUUAUCCCACACAUCCAUUUGCAGCAGGAUGAAUUGUUCAAGUAAUUUAGUUCACUUAGACGUCAAUGAGGCCAUGAAACCCCUCCUGCGCCCACUGCUUAAUCUUUCACUAAUUCAGAGACUUAGACCAGCUGCUAACAUAGGAGUUAGUGCAUGAUGUUUGUAUUUGCUUCUGUACUUGUUCCCCAUCAUAGACAUUUAACUUAUUCAUGUAUUUGUUUCUGUAAUUAAUCCAUUUCAGUUCUUGUGGAUAA